UUGCAGGUAAUCAAGACACGACAGGUAGAACAUGUACAUAAUGAGAAGAAAGUCUUGAAUCAGCUCGAACACCCAUUUAUUGUCAAAUUGAUCUCAACCGAUAAAGAUGAUACAAAUCUUUACAUGAUUAUGGAGUUUAUACCUGGCGGUGAAUUGUUCUCUUAUCUUCGAGCUUCAAGAGUAUUUUCAAACACCAUGAGCCGUUUCUAUGCAGCUGAAAUUGUAUGCGCUUUGGAAUAUAUCCACGGCAAGAAUAUUGUUUAUCGUGACCUCAAACCAGAAAAUCUAAUGCUUUGCCGUGACGGACACAUCAAAAUGGCAGAUUUUGGAUUUGCUAAAGAACUGAGGGAUAGGUAA